AUGUCAAUUAUUUGGCAGUGCGAUCCUCAAACUCCUAAUAAUCAUGUUCCUACAAGUGUUCUAUCUCCAACAAUAAUCAAUACAAAUCCGACAACAACAACAGCAGCAACAACCAUAACGACAACACCAACAUUAAUUACAUCAACAUCAUCAUUAUUAAAAAAUGAACAUAUUGAUGAAUAUCCUCACAUUGAUCUUAAUCUAAAUUUUCAUCAUCAUAAUCAUCUUAUUCAACAACGUUUAUCAUUAGAUCAAAAUGAUGAUGAUGAUGAUGGUGAUGACGAUGAUGAUGAUACAAAUAAUCAAAAUAUUAAUAGAAACAGUGAAAUAUCAAAUCGUAUUCAAACAACAUGUUUUCGUGAUCGUGAAAUUCAUAAUCGUCUAGAAAAACAUCGACGAGCUCAUUUAAAAGAUUGCUUUGAUAGUCUCAAAGCAGAAGUUCCAUGUCAACGUGAUCGAAAAAUUACAAAUCUUCAAGUACUUAAUUUAGCUAUUAAAUAUAUUCAGACUUUAACACGAAAAGAACGUGAAUAUGAACAAGAAAUAACUUCAUUAACAUCACGUAGUAUUGAAUUACAAAAUCGUCUUGGUUGUCUUAAAACUGAAUUAAAUUCCGAAGGACAUAAUGUUGAUACAUGGCUUGAAUCAUGUUCUGAUAUUGAUUAUUCAACAUCAACACGUACAGCUUCUGAAGCUGAAAUGUAUCGAACAUUUGAUGAUGAUGAUGAACUUGAUCAAAAUUCUCAAAUAAAUAAAAAAUCUACUGAUUUAAUAACAAAUAAUAAUCAUAAUGGAACAAAAACAAAUUCAUAUUUAAUCGAUCCAAAAACAUUAGUAAACAAUCGAAAAUCAACAACUCGUCAAAGACCAAGACCAUCAAAACGAAAAUUACAAUCGAUUCCAACAACGAAUUUAUUACAUACUUUAUCAACAUCAAUACCAAUCAAUAAUAAUAAUAAUAAUACUAUUAAUAAUCAUAAUACAUCUCGUUCAGAAAAUUUACUUGAUUUUAAUGUUGCUAGACAUCUUCAUCUUAAUGAACCAUGUAAUUUAUUAACAAAUAUUAAUACAAGAACAAAAGAUUCAUUAUCAUUAACACCAAUAACUGAUAUUCGAUAUGAUAUUGUUGAUAUGUUUACGAAAGGCACAACUUCACAUUUACUACAACAACAACAACAACAACAGCAACAAAUUUCACCAUUACCGUCCAUUGCCAGUCUUAUGAAUAGACAUUCAUCCCAACCAUCACCGAUUGUUUCACCAACAAAACAAACUAUUGGUAUUAAUACAGAUCCAUUAACAACAUCGACAACUAAUAUUCUUCAUCAAUCUGUUGCGACAUCAUGA